AUGGGCUUCUCUCUGGAGUACCCCACUAUCAGCCUGCACGCCAUCUCACGAGACCUCAGCGCCUACCCACAGGAACAUCUAUACGUCAUGGUCAACGCCAAACUCAACGGUGAGUCACACACCUGUCAAUAUCAAACUCACAGUGAAACGCAAACUUGUGAUCGAGUAAGAAGAUCUUAAAGUGUGUGUUCCCCAGAUGAGAUGCAGGAGAAUGCCCAUGAUGAUGAGGAUAAGAGCAGUGAGGAAGAUGAGUCUGAGGGGAUCACAGAGAUCCGCUUCGUCCCUAGCAACAAGGCAGCAUGUAAGUCUGAGGGGAGAAGGAUGUCUAGUAGGGUAGGGCUAAAUUAAAUUAAAUUCAUCUUUAUUAAGCAGGUCACAGAUAAUAACAUCUUCCACAUAUAAUACAACAAGUGCUGUACAAUAGCCAAUAACAAGCUACACACAUGCAUUAGGGAUGUCUAAAGCUUUUGGCUUUCCAGUUCUUUGACAUGCAGCUCUAGUUUGGAAUCACAAUGCUAGCUAGGAUUUCCCUAACGUGUGUGCGUGUGUCCAGUGGAGUCUAUGUUUUCAGCGAUGUGUGAGUGUCAGGCCCUGCACCCAGACCCAGAUGACGAAGACUCCGACGGGGACUUUGACGGAGAUGAGUACGAUGUGGAGGAGGCAGGUGUGUAACUCACACUCAUUUAUACAAGCACACAGAGACACACACACUUCUACAAACAGUACACACACACACUUUUACAUACAGUUCACAAACUCCCAUAGAUGGAGUAAUCAAGAAGAUGAUAAUACUAACAUUGUAUCUCCACCUUCUUUCUCCCUUCAACGGAAAAGAGGCAGGUAAGAAGCCUAACAACUACGCACUCACUCUAUCAGCUGCUACUACUACACACACAGGUAUGCACACGCACUCACAGGUGGUAUUCUCUCUCUGUCCUCCAGAGCAUGGUCAGGGUGAUAUCCCGUCAUUCUGUACAUAUGAGGAGGGUGUGUCGGGGCUGACGGCUGAAGGCCAGGCCACUCUACAGAGACUGGAGGGCAUGUUAGCUCAGUCUGUCGCAAACACCUUUCACAUGGCUGGUGUCCGCACUGAUGAGGCCAAUGGAGAGUUUGAUGGUGGGUCACACACACAUUGUACAAGGAUAGGUCACACACACAGUCAAAUACAGGAUCCGAGGGUAGGUCACACACACACACACUGAAAUAGUAUUUUAUAGAAUCCCAAAGGCAGAAUGUCAUGAUCGGGAUGUAAAUAAUACACAGCGGAGGUUCUUGACACUGAGUUUCUCAGCUCUGCUUGUUAGUGGUGGUGUGUAUUGUAACAACCACCUGAUGGCGCCAUUAGGACAGAGUAACAAUGAUCCUACUCUACAUAGUCAUUACAGCAGCAAGUACCUAACAAAGAGAACAUAACAUAAUACAAUAAAAGAUACAUACAAAAACAUUGAUAUAAGCUAAAACUACUAGUGAAAGAUUGGUUAAAAAAAAAACAUUACCAGGCUAGCUCCUUGGGCUCAGAAUAUCCUGACUGGCUUGUAUGGAACGAGCAAGUCUGUCAGAUGAGAGGGAGCUUACCCAUGGAGUCCUCUAGAAGUUAAAAUAAGAGCAUUGAAGUCAGCCUGAUACUGGCAACUAAGAAGGCAGUACAGUUAGUCCUUCUCUUGAGCACCGGAUGGUUCUCCAACUUCUCCACCUGCCGCUGACUUAUCUCCAGGCACUACAAAACAGAGUGAAAAAACACUCAAUUUCUGUGGUUAAAUGUUUUUCUGAGGAGGAUAAUUUUUUAAAACCUAAAGAUGCCAUUCUAACAUCAACCUGAACACUAAAUAAAAAUAUAAUUCACCCUUGUCCUUUAACUUGGUGGGGCACCUUGGGCAUGAUGCGGUAGAAGACCCUGCAUAAAUAUAUGAUGGUUAUGAGGUGCACUCACUUUGAUUUGGCUCCUCCGUCUUCUUUUCACCGGCGGCAUCUCUUCUCUCUCUCUCCCAGCACCUUUUAUCUCUCUCCCUCCAUUUCUCCUCUCAUCUCUCUCCCUCCAUUUCUCCUCUCAUCUCUCUCCCUCCAUUUCUCCUCUCUUCUACCAUUUCUUCAUAACUUUCUCAUAUCUUUUCCCUAUCUGCUAGAAUCUCUUCCUCCUUUCGUACCAUCAUUUUGAUCUUCUGUAGUAGCUCCUUCACCUUGUCUUUCUGUCUCUUUUUCCAUGUUGUUGAUGACAUGGUACCUGUUCCCACACUUUUCUAAGAGCCAUCUGAGCUCUGGCCCGGCCGCCUGAAUGUGUUCUUCUAUCGUGGUCCCCCUACUGGCUAGCCAGUCUCCUCUGGAGAACAGAACCAUGGUGCAACUCCACACCACCUCUCCUGCUCCCAGCAGCACUAGGUGUUUCUCCACAGCCACCUUGUGUCUCCUGACAAAGGGCGACCCCAGGGGGUAGACCAAUUGGAAGGCAAGGGGUCCACCCCCCUCGGCCAGGGUCACAAGCCCCUUCAGUUGACCUUUAACCUUGUCUGAGGUGUCCUCAGCAGGGACCCACAUCCAGCUCGUCGUGUCGAUCACAUUCACCAGAGUACCGUCUUAGUUUCCUUCAUGAUACAUGUCGGUCUGUUUCCCCACGUUGAACCCCCCCCAGUAGCGCUGUCUAGUCCCAGGAGGCUGUUGCCACUGGAACUCUUCCCAGCGAAUCUCCCACCUAGCAACACCACCACCACACGCUCCACUACCGAUGCCACCAUUUUUCAUUUUUUUAUAUAAACACAUUCAGACCGCUUGACUUUUUCCACAUUUUGUUAAGUUACAGCCUUAUUGUAACAUUUAUUACAUAGUUUUCCCCCUCAUCAAUCUACACACAAUACCCCAUAAUGUUUGCACAUUUAUUAAAAUAAAAAACUGAUAUCACAUUUACAUAAGUAUUCAGACCCUUUACUCAGUACUUUGUUGAAGCACCUUUGGCAGCGAUUACAGCUAUGAGUCUUCGUGGGUAUGAUGCUACAAGCUUGGCACACCUGUAUUUGGGGAGUUUCUCCCAUUCUUCUCUGCAGAUCCUCUCAAGCUCUGUCAGGUUGGAUGGGGAGCGUCGCUGCAAAGCUAUUUUCAGGUCACUCUAGAGAUGUUCGAUCGGGUUCAAGUCCGGGCUCUGGAUGGGCCACUCAAGGACAUUCAGAGACUUGACCGAAGCCACUCCUGCGUUGUUUUGGCUGUGUGCUUAGGGUCAUUGUCCUGUCUGAGGUCCUGAGCGCUCUGGAGCAGGUUUUCAUCAAGGAUCUCUCUGUACUUUACUCUGUUAAUCUUUCCCUCGAUCCUGACCAGUCUCUCAUUCCCUGCCGCUGAAAAACAUCCCCACAGCAUGAUGCUGCCACCACCAUGCUUCACCAUAGGGAUGGUGCCAGCUUUCCUCCAGACGUGGCGCUUGACAUUCAGGCCAAAGAGUUCAAUUUUGGUUUCAUCAGACCAGAUAAUCUUGUUUCUCAUGGUCUGAGAGUCCUUUAGGUGCCUUUUGGCAAACUCCAAGUGGGCUGUCGUGCCUUUUACUGAGGAGUGGCUUCCGUCUGGCCACUCUACCAUAAAGGCCUGAUUUGGUGGAGUGCUGCAGAGAUGGUUGUCCUUCUGGACGGUUCUCCCAUCUCCACAGAGAAGCUCUGUCAGAGUGAGCAUUGGGUUCUUGGUCACCUCCCUGACCAAGGCCCUUCUCCCCCAAUUGCUCAGUUUGGCCGGGUGGCCAGCUCUAGGAAGAGUCUUGGUGGUUUCACACUACUUCUUCAAUGCUGCAGAAAUGUUUUGGUACCCUUCCCCAGAUCUGUGCCUCGACACAAUCCUGUCUCGGCGCUCUACGGACAAUUGCUUCGACCUCAUGGCUUGGUUUUUUCCUCUGAUGUGCACUGUCAACUGUGUGACUUUAUAUAGACAGGUGUGUGCCAUUCCAAAUCAUGUCCAAUCAAUUGAAUUUACCACAGGUGGACUCCAAUCAAGUUGAUCAAUGGAAACAGGAUGCACCUGAGCUCAAUUUCGAGUCUCAUAGCAAAGGGUCUGAAUACUUAUGUAAAUAAGGUAUUUUUUUUAAUUAUUUGCUAAAAUGUCUAAACCUGUUUUUGCUUUGACAUUAUGGGGUAUUGUGUGUAGAUUGACGAAGGGGGAAAAAAAACAAUUGAGUCAAUUUUAGAAUAAGGCUGUAACAAGGGGUCUGAAUACUUUCCGAAUGCACUGUAAGUCAAUAUAACUCCGUAUAGUAAAUCAAUCUGGCCAGGUUUGUUUCACACACACUGCUGGAAUUUUCAGUAUGAAUGGCUUUUUCCUGUGUGACUUGGUCACAUUUACUUUGUCAUUCAAGGCGUUCAGAGCUCCUUCCUCUAUCUUGAAAAAAAACCCACUCACUUUCUUCUCACUGAUUGACUGUAUGUAGUACUGAGCAUAGCCCACGCAUAUUAUGGACAUGUGAGCAUGAAGAAAGCAGUAUGUGUUUAAUGAUAAUCAGUGUAUUGGCUGAUGAGUCUGCUUUGUCUGUUCUAGUCAUUCUAUUUCUAUGUCUAUCUUUGCAGAUGGGAUGGAGGUGGAUGCAGGGUCGACGGUGGCCGGACAGUUUGAAGAUGCAGAUGCAGACGUAGACCACUAGUAAUAGCAUAUCAUAAUACUACGUUGUAAUUAUCAGUACGUUUGUGUGAUGUUUUGUGUGAUCACCUUUAAAUCCACAUCCUGCUGUCAACCUUAUGGACCUGCUUACAAUACUGUAGUUAAGUCUCUCACUCUGUCUUUCUCUCUCUCCCUCUCUUAGAUGGAACUCAACUCUACUGCCAGUCAAAGCGCUUGUGGUGCAUUGUGGGAUAGGAGGAGACUACAACCUCUCCACUUCCUGUCCCCAUCGCAUCAUUUUCUGUUCAUCUCCACACACACACAUAUUCCUCUCUUGUGUUUUUUACCUGAAGAGCAGUUGUACUGAGUUUUCCCCAACAGGGAGCAGUGUUGUCUUUGUAUGAAAUCGCUUCAAUAAAUAAAUAGUUUUUGUAUGAAUAACAGUGUGUUUGUGUUCGGUGCACAUUCCAGAGGAGUAACAUAGGAGCUACACUGGGGUGUCAGGGAACUAUAUUUUUGAAAAGUUAUUUUAAUAUUUUUAAAGUCUUUGUUUUAAAUGUACUCUUGAAAUUUUUAAUAGCAGAAUGCACAAGGCGCAAUUUCAAAAUUGGGUAGUAUAUCAUCAGUUCCUUUGUUCCUUUUUUUUUAUUUAGAUUUUUUAGCCCAUAGUUAUUGUUGUAAUGUUUGUGAAAAAGUUUGGAAACCCCUGCACUAGACCACCCGUGGCAACAGAAAACAAGGUUUCUUAUUUGCUACACUUAGCUUUUAGGCAGCGCGAGCAGAGCGAGAGCCACUUAAAACUAUUGGUCUUGGGAGCGAGCUGUGUCAAUCUUGAAAAUUUAGCCAGAGUGUAAUUUUACGCAAGCCUCUCACCGCGUUUACGUCCAUGUUUCAUUUAAAUAAAUAGGAGCAACUCUUGCUCUCCUAAAGUUAUGCGUCUGGUGUAGCAGACCAUUUACCCACCGGAGCUACACACACUCACACCUUAAUGAUUGGAAAAGCAACUCAACUCCGAUCAUUUCAACUGUUUAUUUCAACAAUGUAAUGCAUCAAAACUAUUGUCAGAGCACCUUUUAUCAUUCACCUAGGUCUGACCCAGUUUGUGUACAUUUACAUUACAUUUUUGUCAUUUAGCAGACGCUCUUAUCCAGAGCGAUUUAUAGUUAGUGCAUUAAUUUUAAGAUGGCUAGGUGGGACAACCACAUAUCACAGUCAUAGCUAGUAUGUUUUUCCUCAAAGUAGCUUUCAGCAAAGUCAGAGCUAGUAAAGAGUGGGAAAGUCAAGUGCUAGUUCAUGAAAGGCCCCCUACAGGAGCUGCCCUCCCGUAGGGUUGGGAGGGUCAAGAGACCAGAGGUGGCAGAACAGAGUGCUCGUGUUGGGGUGUAAGGUUUGAGCAUAGCCUGAAGGUAGGGAGGAGGGGCAGUUCCUCUUACUAUUCCGUAGGCAAGUACCAUGGUCUUGUAGGGGAUGUGAGCUUUGACUGGAAGCCAGUGGAGUGGGCGGACUGCGGAGGUGCGGGGUGAUUUGGGAAGGUUGACAAUACUCCUCAGGUUGGCCAUAGGCAUCAUACCUAUUGUAGAACUGUACAUAAAUUACUAUCUCAAAGUUUUAUAAAGAUGCUACUAACGCUACUAACUACAGAAAUCUACUUUUUACAUCAAUGCUACACAAAUCCAGAGGAGGCUGGUGAGGGGAAGACAGCUCAUAAAAAUUUAUGGAAUAGAGUGAAUGAAAUGGUAUCAAACACGUUUGAUACCAUUACGUUGCAGCCCGAUUUUUAAGUGCCACCAGCCACCAUUGCACAAAUCAUAUUAGGUUAAAAAACAUCUCAAUAUACAGUGCUGCUUGAAAGUAUGUGAACCAUUAUUUUGCUAUAAAAUAAACAAAAAAUCCUUAUCUAAACCCCAAUUCGUAAUAAAGACAUUCCAAGUAAAUGACAGAAACAAUUAUUUUCAUUGUUUAUUUACCAGAAGUGGUUUAUUUAACAGAAACUCAGAUUUGAUGUGUGCAAAAAUAUGUUAACCCCUUCAGUCAAUAGCUUGUGGCACCUCCAUUAGCAGCGAUAACAUGGACUAAAUGUCUCCUAUAGCCAGUAAUCAGUCUCUGACAUCUGUUUUGAGGGAUUUUUGCCCACUCCUCCUUACAGAACUCAGACAAUUGAGUGAGGUUUGAGGAGUGUCUGGCAUGAACUGCCCGCUUCAGGUCCUGCCACAGUAUCUCAAAUGGAUUUAGGUCAGGACUUUUUUUUUUUUUUUUCACCUUUAUUUAACCAGGUAAGCCAGUUGAGAACAGGUUCUCAUUUACAACUGCGACCUGACUUUGACUUGGCCAAUCCAAAACACAUCUUUCUCCUGAGCCAUUCUUUGGUAGAUUUGCUUGAAUGCUUUGGGUCAUUGUCUUGUUGGAAGACCCAUUUUUGGCCCAGGUUUAGCUCCUUGACUGAUGGCCUGACAUUCUGUUCAAGAAUCUCCUGGUAUACCUCAGAAUUCAUGUUUCUCUUAAAGAUGUGAAGUCAUCCAGGUCCAGAGGAGGAAAAGCAGCCCCAGAUCUUGACAUGCCCACCACCAUGCUUGACUGUUGGGAUAAGGUUAUUUUGGUGGAAGGCAGUGUUGGGUUUUCACCAAACAUAGCAGUGUUGAUAGUGACCAAAAAGGUCAAUUUUGGACUCAUCGGUCCAGAGAAUGGACUUCUAGAAACCGUCAGGUUUGUCCAGGUGGUCUCUGGCAAAGUUAAGAUGGGCAGUUUGGUUAUUUUUUGACAGCAGAGGCUUCUUCCUAGCAACCCUCCCAUGAAUGACAUUUUGAUUCAGUGUUCUUCUUAUUGUUGAAGCAUGCACAGUUACCUGAGAUGCAGCAAGGGAGGUCUGCAAAUCUCUAGAUGUUAUGUUUGGGUUGGCUUUUACCUGAUUUAUUAUUGUUCUUGUGGCUCUUGGGGAUAUUUUGGAAGGGUGUCCACUUCUAGGCCGAGUUGCUGUCAUGUUAAAUGCUCUCCAUUUGUAAAUGAUUUGCCUCACAGUGGACUGAUGGAGCUCAAAUCUUUUUGAGAUGAUAUUUAUAGCCUUCCCCAGACUGAUGUGCUCUCACUACCCUCGUCCUGAUGUCCUCUGAGAUCUCCUUUCCUCUCGGCAUGGUGUGCUUUGCAUUCACCUGGAUGGGUAACACCAAGUUGACUAGAUUUCUUAUCUAUAUUUAUCAGAGUCCCACCCAAACUCUUUCCUAACGAUCUCUCCUUUGAUUGGUUCAUUUGGUAGCUAAUUAUUUACCCACCUGAUUCUACUUACCUACUUGAUUAAACCAAUGCAACUUGGGGUUUACUUGUUUUUGCACCUGCACUAAUUCCUUUUUAAUUUUGUUGUUCUACUACCCACAUGAUUUCCUCUACACCAACAUAUGGUAUUGGUAAAUGUAAACCUGUUAUGUCAGAUCAAAAAGACUGGUUCUGAUUAAAUUAAGAUUUCAUGGUAAAAACUGAAAAAAUCUGUAAUUACACAAGGGGUUCACAUACUUUCAAGCAGCACUGUACAGUCUUUUUUUGUUUGAAUGUGCAUAGUUCUAAAGAGGUCACUAUGCAUCAGGGUCUUCAGUUCAUAGGGAUGGAUGGUGAGUCCAGGGCCGUAGACACCAAACAGAAGAAAACUAACCGAAAAGGGGAGGAAUUACCUGAACUUGGCUAAUAAGAAACUUGUUUUUGUUGUUAAAUGUUUUCUGUUGCAAAACAGUUUUGCUACGGUGUGCACUAAUGAAUAUGACCCAGGGUCAUUUCCUCUUGUUAGCCAGAAGGGGGCGGUAGGGAGAAGCUCUACCAGACAACAUCUGAUCAAACAACAGGACCGAACACAUCAUACCUGCAGGAGAGAGAGAGGAUGGGAAGAGGAGAGCGAGAUGAGGCAGAAAAAUAGAAAAGGGAAGAGGAGAAAGAAUUGGAGGAGUGACAAGGAGAGAGAGAGAGAGGGAGAGCAGAGAGAGAGAGAGGCGUAGCGAGAGAGAGAGAGAGAGAGAGAGAGAGAGAGAGAGCCGAGAGCAGAUAGAGAGAUAGCGCGUAUAGAGCUAGAAUGGGAUGGUGGUCCCGUAGAGCGAACAAGAGCAGGAGGAGAGUGGGAGUAAUGUCAGAAAAAGUAAAGAAAGUGGACCCCAUAGUGUGUGUGUGUGUGUGUGUGUGUGUGUGUGUGUGUGUGUUAGUACCUAGUAGAGGAGCCAGCCAGUAGACCAGGCAGUAAUCCAGAAAGGAGUGUCCACUGCAGGGGAACUGUGUGGAAAGGGCCAACGCAGGGUUAAACACAGCCCCCGUCAUCUUGCCACCUGCAACACACACACACAAACACAAAGGGUUAAACACUGCUCCUAUCACACUGCCACCUGCAACAAUAACACACACACACACAGGGUUAAACACGGUAACCCACCUGCGUAGGUCAGGGUCGCGGUGAGUGCUGCUAUGGCAUGUACCCGGUACCUCUGGUCCAUAGUGUGUGUGUGUGUGAAGGCGGUCUGCAUGGAAAAGGCCCCUGCCAGCUCCACGGCUGCAGCGGUGACCAGAGGGCCGGGGAGCACCAGGCUGGUGUGUGUGUCUGUGUGGAUGGGGCUAAUGCAUUGGAAGCCCUGGAGUGUGUGUCUCAGGUGCAGGUCAGAGAGACCAAGGGCCCACAGCCCCUGUAG